UUCUUUUCCUAUUGGGUGGCCAGAGCCGCCAACAUUCAAACUAAAAAAUAAUAUCUCACUGACUGAUUACUUGCAACAUUUCGUGUAUACAGACACCGAUUUUAGAAGUGAAUCAGAACCUAUUCAAAAAAAAAAGUAAAAUGCCGGUUGAAAAUCUUGAAGAACAGGGCCUUGAGAAAAACCCCAACUUGGAGCUCGCGCAAAUAAAAUUUUUGCUCAGUCUGCCGGAACAUAAUCAGGAUAAAGCUUUAUCGGAGAAAUUACUAUCAGCGAUCAAGACAGACAAUAUGAGCCCAUGGUAUGAAGAGGUUUGCAAAGAUCUAGGAUGGACCAUUGAUCAGAAACUCUUGUCCGAUAUGAAGGAAAUUAAUCGUAAGAAAAUCGAAGAACUGGACGCAGUUAUUGAAGAUGCAGAGAAAAACUUGGGGGAAAUGGAAGUGAGAGAGGCAAAUUUGAAGAAGUCGGAAUAUCUGUGCCGGAUUGGUGACAGGGAAGGUUCCAUUUCAGCUUUUAGAAAAACCUAUGAAAAAACGGUUUCGUUGGGCCAUCGACUAGAUAUCGUUUUUCACAACAUUCGUAUUGGUCUAUUCUAUCUGGAUCACGACCUCAUUACAAGGAAUAUUGAAAAGGCUAAAAGUUUGAUCGAAGAAGGCGGUGACUGGGAUCGUCGCAAUCGACUGAAGGUUUAUCAAGGAGCUUAUUGUGUUGCCAUCCGAGAUUUCAAAUCUGCUGCCAAUUUCUUCUUGGAUACCGUGAGCACAUUCACCAGCUAUGAGCUAAUGGAUUACGCAUCUUUCGUUCGUUAUGCAGUGUAUGUUUCGAUGAUCAGUUUGCCUCGCAAUGAACUUCGUGAUAAGGCUAUUAAGGGAUCCGAAAUUCAGGAAGUGUUGCAUCAACUACCGGAUGUCAAGGAAUAUUUAUUUUCGUUGUAUAAUUGUCACUACUCGGAAUUCUUCAAAAACCUAGCACAUGUUGAAACAGUUCUCCGUAAAGAUGUUCUAUUCCAUCCUCAUUACCGUUUCUAUGUCCGAGAGAUGAGAGUUCUCGCGUAUACUCAAUUGCUGGAAUCCUAUCGCUCCCUCACUCUACAAUAUAUGGCGGAUGCGUUUGGAGUAGAUUUGGAUUAUGUUGAUGCCGAGUUAUCGAGAUUCAUUGCAGCUGGACGUUUGCAUUGUAAGGUUGAUCGCGUUGGUGGCAUCGUAGAAACGAAUCGGCCGGAUAGCAAAAACUGGCAAUAUCAAGCCACUAUUAAACAAGGUGACAUUCUUCUGAAUCGCGUACAGAAACUUAGCAGAGUAAUUAAUAUAUAAAAUAUUCAACAUUAUACUUUUCGAUAUCAAUUGUUCACUAGAAUCCAUAACGAAAUAAACAUUGAAACAGCUUGUCUUGAACUGAUAUAAAUAG